UCCAGGAAACUAUGGCGACUGAACCAUUUUCGGGAUCCAUAAAAGACCUGCCAACGCCAUGCUUCCUUGUUGAUAUUGACAAAGUUAAAAGAAACUGUUCUCGAAUGAUUAGGCGUUACAAAGAUGUUGGGGUGGAAUUACGGCCCCACAUGAAAACCCACAAGACUAUAGAGGGCGGUGACUUGAUGACCGGUGGGACACGUAAAAAAAUUGUCGUAUCUACGCUAGCUGAAGCGGAAUUUUUUGCAAGUAAUGGAUUUGAUGACAUUAUUUACGGCAAACCGGUCAUUGAAUCGAACCUUUACAGAUGUAAGACGCUGCAAGAGAAGAUCGAACAAUUUCAUUUGUUGUAUGAUAAUGAAGAGGCCAUAACCGCGCUGGUGAGAAAUUCUCUUGAAAACAAGAAAUGGUCAGUGUUUCUUGAGGUGGAUGUGGGCGGACAUAGAACUGGUGUUGCAUGGGAUAGUGAUAAAGUGGUUGAGUUAGCAAAGUUAGCAUCACAGACCCCAAAUGUUGAAUUUCGGGGGAUCUACACUCACUGCUCAGUGUCCUACUCCAAAACCUCGGACACUGAAGUGAGAGAGCAGGCCAAAAAUGACACCAAGAGAUUCCUCAACGUGUGCGAGAGAAUUCGACAAGCUGGCAUACCAGUGGAGACAGUGGGUCUUGGGGACACGCCGUGCUGCUCUGUAUUUGACGACUCUAUGGCUAAACUCACGGAAGUACAUCCGGGCAACUACAUAUUUUACGAUACUCUGCAGUUCGGUAUAGGAUCGUGUGCGUUUGACGACAUCGCAGUGCGGGUGGCCACUCGUGUCAUCAGCCACAAGCCUGAGAUCAAUCAAAUCGUCUUAGACAGCGGCUUUGUGGCACUAAGCCAUGAUGGCACGUACUGUAAACUGCCAAACGGCAUCGCUGUGUUCCAGGAUCAUCCAGAAUUAAUAAUGGAGAAAAUGUCCCAGGAGCAUGGUUGUGUUUCCGUUAAGUCUGGACAAAUUGACUGCAGUGCUUACCCCAUAGAUUCCAUGCUUUUCAUCUAUCCAUAUCACUCAUGCGCCACGGCUGCCAAUCACCCUGUCUAUUACAUCCACUCUGGAGACAAAGUCCUUGGAAUAUGGAAGCCUGUUAAAGGAUGGUGAAUGAUCAAACAACCCGAAAGCAGCAUGAGCAUUAUAACUUUUGAAGUCAAGCUUUAGCAAUAAAAGUACAAUUAUUUUUAAGUAAUCUUAAAUGACAUAGUAUUAUAGAAUUCCAAAAGAUUAGCACGCGAAAACGAUUUUAUAUAAAAGAUUAGCACGCGAAAACGAUUUUUGUAUAAAAGUAUUGUAGAGCCUCGUUAAUCCGGACUGCAAUAAUCCGGAGAUGCUUUACCUUCCGGACGAUUGAUGGGAAACUAUAUAUACCAAGCAAGUAAUCCGGACGACUUAUUAAUUCGGAUGGGAACACAAGUGUCCGGAAUAACGAGACGCGACUGUACACUGUACAUAUAUAUUAAAGAUACAUGUACAAUUGUCUUUGUGAAAAUGGACACAUUAAUCAAGAUUAGACCGAGGAUAUUUAUUUUGAGAAUAAAUAACAUCUUGAGGAAA